AUGGAGAGAAGAUCACAUUCUUCGGAAGAAGGGCAAAAAGAAGAAGACUAUAAUUUGUUCCCAAUCUAUUCCGAAAGGUCCCAACAAGACAUGUCAGCUAUGGUCUCAGCCCUUACACAAGUCAUUGGCGGCACCAACAAUGACCCACUUGAUCAGAUGCAUGAAGAUGCUGUAUUAACUUCCACCCACUCUAGCUCUACCCAAAAUACUGAACACUCCCAACAACCACCGCAAGAUCAAGGUAAUGUAAGAAGAAGACACUAUAGAGGAGUGAGACAGCGACCAUGGGGGAAGUGGGCGGCAGAGAUUCGCGAUCCAAAGAAAGCAGCGAGAGUUUGGCUUGGAACUUUUGAAACUGCUGAAGCUGCGGCUCUUGCUUAUGAUGAAGCUGCACUUAGAUUCAAAGGAAGCAAAGCAAAGCUCAAUUUUCCUGAAAGAGUUCAAGGCACAGGCGAAUUUGGUAAUUACCUCACAAAUCAACAACAUAUGCUUUCAAACAGUGGUAAAAAUGAACAACCAUUAUCUAACCCAGUUGCUACACACUUUACUCAAGAAACGUAUCAAAGUAAUCCCUUUCAAUAUGCACAACUCAUGGGUAGUGCAAGUGGUGGCAACUUCAAUCAAGAUAUGCUUAGUUUUUAUGGGAGAGACAUGUUUGUUUCUUCUCAGCCACCAGCAUCUUCGUCUUCUUCUGGAUUAUCGCAGCAGCAACAACAAGAGCAGUUUUUGAGAUUUUCAAUGCAAUUCGGAGGCUCUUCUUCUGGUUCUGAGCCUCCUAGGAAUUGGAGGGAUGGUAGACAAUGA